AUGGCAUCCAAAAUAGUUCUGUUCCUGCUGCUUCUUGGACUAACUCUAAGAGAAGGAAACUCUAGGGGGACCUGCUCAUACGGCCUUAGGAUACAUGGAAGGAUUCACGAUUUCCCACCUAAUGAGUUCGAGUGUGCCUCGAACUCAACAGUUGGAUAUAUUCAUAAUCUGGUAGUCGUUGUACGUGUCAUGGUCAAUGAUGACGUGGACCGUUAUCACACAGUGGUGAAUAUGGCGGAGAACGUACCCUCGAUGAAAAUGAAAUAUGCGAUCUACGAGGCACUAUGUAAGGUCGCUAAGAAGUCCACAACUGAUCCCAUUAAGAUUAUGGACUUCUAUAAGCAAAUGAGAGAUAGCUAUAAUAUGUGGCCAGUCAUGUUCUAUAGUGUCUUUGUAAAGCACAGUGCUACGGCUCUCUCGCUAGCUGUAACUAACCAGCCUACUGAGUUAUCGAUCAACGGACUGCUGCAGGGUUUGACUAAAGGCGAACGAUUUUACACGGAAAAGAUACUUAAGGUUGUAUUUGACACAGUGCUCACUUCAGAAUCCCCGCUAAAUGUGGUUCAACGUCUGAGCUAUUUCGGCGCUAGUCUUGAACAAUUGACCAUGGCACAUUUACAAUUGCUGAAACGCCCCGAGGUGAAAUCCAAUUCGAGUGCGCGCGCUGAAUUGCUUGAUAAUUUUCGACAAGUGAUGAUUGACCCGAAAUUUGAAAGGGACGUGGUGAGCUACCUGCGUCGGAAGGUGCGGAAGCUGUUCCCGCAUUAUCUUGAUUGGAUCUCCUCGGUUCUAAUAAACUUACGCCGAGCAAAUAUAGAUACCAAAGACUACCUCAUUGGUUGCCUAAAGCAAAAUGGGAGAAGAAGUAUUUGUACUAGCACCUAUGCGCCGCAAGGUGAUAACAUGAUGUACUACACAAUCGCGACGGACCACAACAAGACGUUGGUUGGUAUAGAUAAAUACGGGAACUACUGCGGCACAUUAAACAACAACAUUCCAACAAUCACAAUGGAACAAACGAGCUUUUUCACUAGCUGUUGGUGGCGUGUAGUUCUGGUGCCCAACGGUAUAGCACUCUAUGACGAUGCGACAUCUAACUUGGUGCUCUGUGGAGGAGAUUCAGCACAAUGGGAUGACGGCAUACAUUAUGCAUACGCUCGACGAGCUGAGGAUUUUGAAGCUCAUCGCGAUGAAUGCACGUGGUUUUUCGAGAACAUCAACUAG